AUGGUUUACUGUUUUCAGUGCAUGAAUGAUCAUUAUCCAAACAUGGCUCAGAAUUUUUGCCUUCCCAAAGUGGUAAGCUUCCUGUCCUAUGAAGAGCCAUUGGGAAUUGGUUUAACUCUGCUGGCACUAUUCUUCACUUUCAUCACAUUCCUGGUGCUAGGAAUAUUUAUAAGGCACCAUAACACUCCUGUGGUCAAAGCAAACAACUGGACUCUCACCUAUAUUCUUCUGAUAUCCCUCUUGCUCUGCUUUCUUUGUGUAUUGUUGUUCAUUGGCCGACCCAAGAAAGCAACGUGUUUUCUCCAACAAACUGCUCUUGGGGUUGUCUUCUCAAUGGCUGUUUCUUGUCUUUUGGCAAAAACCUUGACUGUGGUUGUGGCAUUCAUGGCUACCGAACCAGGAAGCAGGAUGAGGAAGUUGCUGGGGAAAAGAUUAACUAAUUUCAUGGUUCUUUUCCUAUCCCUUAUCCAAGCAGGCAUCUGUGUGGUGUGGCUGGCCACCUCUCCCCCAUUUCCAGAUGUGAACAUGCACUUGGAGACAAAAGAAAUUAUACUGGAAUGUAACCAAGGGUCCAUAUUUAUGUUUUAUUGCGUCUUGGGCUAUAUGGGAUUCCUGGCCAUUGCCAACUUCACUGUGGCCUUCUUUGCCAGGAAGUUGCCAAAUAGUUUUAAUGAAGCAAAACUGAUCACUUUCAGCAUGUUGGUAUUUUGUAGUGUUUGGUUGUGCUUUGUUCCAAGCUACCUGAGCACCAAGGGAAAAUAUAUGACAGCUGUGGAGAUCUUCUCUAUCUUAGCCUCUGGUUCUGGGCUGCUGGGUUGCAUCUUUGCCCCCAAAUGUUACAUUAUUUUGAUGAGACCAGAACUGAACAGCAGGGAACAGCUAAUAAGAAGUUAA